AUGAGGAAUGACAACUUUGCUUUAUUCGACGAAGACCCUCUCGGGAGAUCGAUUAAUCUCCAAAGCCAUUGCUAUGGAGAAUUUUCCAGUGCUGUUGUUCAAGCCAAUACUACUAUGGAAGAUCAAAGCCAAAUUGAAGUUGCCUCUAACAAUGCAGUCUUUCUUGGAAUUUACGAUGGCCAUGGUGGCACCCAAGCUUCCCGGUUCAUCUGUGAACAUCUCUUCAAAAAUCUAUUGAGGUUUGCUAAUGAUAAUGAAAGGUUUGCUAAUGAUAAUGAGAAUGAUAUAACUGAAGCUACCCUGAGAAAUGCUGUUUCUGCUACUGAAGAGGGUUUUUUGGAUUUUGCAAAAAUGAAUUAUAUGCAUCAGCCAAAUCUUGGAUAUGUUGGUUCAUGCUGUCUUGCUGGAAUUAUAUGGAAAGAGACACUACAUGUUGCAAAUCUUGGAGAUUCGCGGGUUGUAAUUGGUACUAUGGUUAAUAAAAAGAUCCGUGCUGAGCAGUUAACAAGAGAUCACAAUUGUAAUGAUGAAGCUAUUAGAGAAGAACUCAGGGCAAUGCAUCCUGAUGAUCCUAACGUUGUGAUAAAUGAUAAUGGUAAGUAG